AUGUUCCCAGUAGUUUCGAACUGUAACAAAAAAGAAAUGGCCAACAGUACGCCGCUGGUGAUCCCGUCGUUCUCUCUGGUGUUGCUAGCAGUUUUGUUUCUGACGACGCUGCCUUAUUCACAAAGCUGUCCAGAUACGUGUUUCUGUAUCGAUGCUUUCGUCACUUGCUCCGACUUCAGGACGUUAGACAUGGACCUCCUCCCUUUAGGAACCGACACGCUUGUGUUAACCAGGGGAGAGAUGGAUGAGAUACCACCAGGGUUUCUUGCCAAGGCCAAGGAUCUUCGGAUGCUGGAGUUGAGCUCGGUGAAUGCCAAGGUCAUCAAAAGCAUGGCGUUUGCAGGUUUAAGCAAUCUGGACCUGUUUUCCAUCACAAGCUCUUCCUUUGACCUAGUGGAGCCAGACAGCUUCAAUGGGUUGACUGACAUUAGCAAGUUCCACAUCUCCGACUGCAGGUUCGGCCGAGUGGACAAGCACGCCUUCUCUAACAUUAACAACAUUGUCGAUUUGAGGAUGUGGUCCAGCAGCUUUGACGCCAUUUACGAUGAGGCAUUUUAUAAACUUACGGACACUAUUUCAUUCCAGCUGUACCAGAACAACAUCACUUCCUUGGGGAAGGAGCUUUUUCUAGGUGCUUCUGGGGUUGAUGAUAUUACUAUCUAUAAAAAUAUCAUUCAGCGAGUCUCGGAAAAAUGCUUUGAUAGCUUGGCUGAUGCCACUAGUAGGAUGGUAUUGCAUGCAAAUGUAUUUAUGUGCACUUGUGAUAUCGCUUGGAUACUAGGCAGUCCAUCAUUUAAGGAUUACCUGACAUCCAAUGAAUGCAUUUUCCCCGAACGUUCACAAGAGGAUGUACAGAAAUUUAGAAUUGCGGAUCUUACCAAAAAAGAUCUUUGUCCGUUAUGGGAAGAGAGCUCUGACAGCACUACAGAGAGCACCAAGGUUAUGUCUUCUUCGGCUGCUAUAUCGAGUUCAACUGGUGGCAUUCAGAGAGCAUCUGUCACACUUCCUACGUCAUCUAGCUCGCCUUUGUCAACAACGAUACCUCAGAAGUCAAACCAUUCAUUUUCGACUGCAUCCAAAGAACUAACUUCCCGCAAGUCACCUUCAACGUCAUCACACAUGGCCUCAACUCUAAAGCCAGUAACUAGCGAAGUAGAUAACAAGCCUUCGCCAGACAAACUCACAACCAUUGAACCGAAGACUGCCGACCACACACAUACAGCCAAUGUUACCGGUGGUCACGUUCAUGAGGGCCGGACAGAAGCCUCUGUUGAUCUGGCCGGAGAUAAAGAGACAUCCAAAGACGGUUCUUCUUUAGCCGAUAAGACCACGUUUCCAGACAACGCAUCAUUCAGAUCUGUGGGAAACUGCAUUCUUACUACUUUGUUAGCUUGUUUCUGCAUAUCGUUGAGAAUGAAUCUUUAA